AUGACAAAGACCGUCGUUCAUUCCCUCGUAGAUCCUUCCAUGCUUGCAAAGAUCGAUAAACUCUUUGCUUGCAAUGUCGGCCACCACAUCGACCUUCCACAGAUUGUCGUUGUCGGAGAUCAAUCCAGCGGCAAAUCCUCAGUUCUCGAAGGUCUGACGCGUCUCCCAUUUCCACGAGACAGCGGGUUGUGCACCAGGUUCGCAACACAGAUUACCUUCCGUCGCGCGACCACCAAAUCGGUCUCUGUCUCCGUGAUUCCUGGAAAAGAUGCUCUACCCGACCAUGUUGAAACUAUACGUGCCUGGAAAAAAACGGAUAUUAAGAAACUCGACAAAGAUACAUUCGCAGACAUCAUGCGCGAGGCGCAGGAAGUUAUGGGCGUCUCGUCCCAGGGUGGAGGCCCUCUUAAGACAUUCUCCUCGGACGUCUUGAGCAUCGAGGUCGCAGGUCUAGACAAGGAACACUUUGCCGUUAUCGACGUACCCGGGAUUUUCCAGCGUGUCACCAAGGACUUGACGACUCAAGAAGACAAGGCGUUCGUAAAGUCCAUGGUCGGAUCCUACAUGGCAAAUCCUCGCUCCAUUAUGCUCACUGUGGUACCGGCCAACGUAGAUCCUGCCACACAGCUGAUCCUGGAAAUGGCCGAGGAAGUCGACAAAGAGGGUCAGAGAACUUUGGGUGUUCUCACAAAGCCUGAUCUUGUAGACCCAGGUGCUGAGGCCAAUGUAGUGGACAUGGUCGAGGGCAGGUCACACCAACUAUUCCUUGGAUGGUGUUUAGUUAAAAACCCCGGGCAGAAAGACGUACUGGACCCCAAAUUCGACCGGUACUCCUCAGAAGAGAUAUAUUUCAAAACUCAAGCACCCUGGAAUAGCCUACCACUGGACCGUGUUGGUGUGACGUCGUUGAGAGAACGGCUGCAAGAGCUUCUCGCGAGGCAUAUUCGUCAAGAAUUUCCGAAGGUCAAAUCGGAAGUCAACAAGAAGCUUAAGGAAUGUAAGAAGUCACUAGAAAAGCUUGGACCGAAGCGUGACACGCCAGCGGAGCAGUCAAGGUUCCUCAUCGACAUUGCUACCAACUUCCAGAUCGUCACCAACAAAGCCCUCGACGCAAAAUAUUUUGACGACUGUUUCACAAAGCUUCCAGAUCUCAAAAUCGCUACACUAGUCGUGAACCGCAACGAGGAGCUCUCCGAAUCCUUCGCGCUGUAUGGUCACACCUACCAGUUCAAGGAAGGUUGGGACCAAGAAGAAAAUAUUGAAGGGGAAAUCAACGGAGAGGAAAUUGGAGAACACAAUCAAGAAGUGAAAAAAGAGAACGGGACUCUCAGUCAAUCGAAAGAUGCUGAAGAGCUUGACGAUAUCCUCUAUCACCAGUCGAAACUGCCUUACCCGAAACAAAACGGCAUCCUACGUUGGAUAACGCACGUCUACACCCACUCUCGUGGUUUUGAGCUUGGCCAGUUCGAUCCAUCCCUCCUUGCGAUGACGAUGAAAGCACAAUCUAAAAAUUGGGACGGCCUGGCGCUUGGUUACAUCUCGGAUAUUGUGGUAAUAACCCAUAUUUUCAUCAACACACUCCUCAAGCACGUUUGCCCGAAUGGCAAUGUCCGCGAGAAAAUCAAGUCUGUUCUCAUGGAAAACCUGGUAGAGAGGUACCAGAAGGCAUUUGAGCACGUGAGGUUUAUCCUUGAGGUGGAAAGACUCGGAGUGGCAGAAAAAAAGUCAUUCAGCCAUUCAUGUUACUCCAACUCAAUGUUGGUCAGGCUCGAUGACAUCAAGCAAACCCACACCAUGAGCAACAAACAACACACCGUCCAAGAGCUCCACGACAUACUUAAGGCAUACUACAAGGUUGCACGUAAACGCGUUGUAGACGCUUUGUGUAUGCAAGCAGCCACAUACCAUCUCAUUUCCGGCCCCGACACGCCUCUCAAGCUUUUUUCUCCCACUUUUGUAAGUAAGCUAUCGGAAGAGCAACUGGAUCAGAUUGCCAAGGAUGAUACGUUGGUCAAGCGCAGGCGGACGCAGCUGAUGAAGGAAAUUGAAGAUUUGGAGAAAGGGAGGAAGAUUCUGUCGUAA